CAGCAGCAGCAGCAGCAGCAGCAGCAGCAGCAGCAACAGCAACAGCAACAACAACAACAACAACAACAACAGCAGCAGAUGAUGAUGCAACGUAUGCAGCCGCCGCACUCAAACCCCGGAGGCAUGCCCUCGAACACGCCGCAGCGACAGUUCCCGGGCCAGAGUCAAACUCCAGGCCCAGGCUCAGGUCCUCAGAGCACGCCAACCAUCAACAACUCUGUCCCCUCCCAGCAACCUCAUUUCUCAACACCCCAGACGAACCACACUCCUGCGCAAAGUCAGACUCCAAACAACGCGCUUCACCAGCCCUCACAAUCCCUCGGGAGCAAUAUCCAGACACCACAGACACCGACCUUUCCCGCCAAUGUUCAAGGGAGUGGAACCAAUGGCACCGCAAGCGCAACCCCUGUCAGUCCCGGCGGGGACUCGAGGGAUAAAGACAGGAUUGCAGUCAUACUAGAGAUUAAUAGUGAGCUCUUAUGGGAGGCGUCGCAGGUUCAGAACACCAUGCUGGCGGUGAAGAACGAAAAGCUACCAUUGAAAGAAGGCGCUCCACAAGACGCAGAGAAGACGGAGGAGGAGAGGAUAUUGGCACAGGACUACUCGCAAUGUAUGCGAAGACUACAAGGCAAUCUUGCAUAUCUGGCACAGUUGGCCGACAAGAAGACAUCUUCCCAAGCAGCAGCUCAUCCGUCGUAUAUGAAGCCGCCACCUUUGAGUGCGAAAGUGAAGAUACGGCCGACGCCACCACCGGAGGGCUCAGAGGGCAAGGCCUUGGAGCCGGCAAGCAGGGACGAGACCAUCAGAUAUUUCAACGAACUAUAUGCGAAACUGCAAAACCUCUACCCAGGAGUCGAUUAUAACAAAGAACCUGCACUUCCGGGGCCGGGAGCAAGGCCAGGCCCCCAAGGACCAAAUACGCAGAGGCCUAUCAACCCGGCAUCAAAUCUGCCCAGCCCAGUACCCGGGAAACAACCAACGCCAAAGUUGGCAACAUCUGGGCCACCGCAAUUGGUAGCUGGUCAACCGACCGCGAACGGACCGCAAAGCUAGAAAAGCUCGUCCAAGUCAUGCCAAAUUAUGGCCGGGACGAUAAUGUUUGAUAGAGUGUCGGGUGGAUACUCAACUCACGAGCUGGAAAGAUUGCCGUCGUUUCUUAUUGAGCAAUCAAGAUGCAGGAUCGGAGGUGUUUGGGUAAAAGAACAAAAGUGUCAAAAUACCAUUUGGAGAAGGCGUUUAAGGAAGGGUGAUGGCGAAUGACGGUAUAUUUUGAAUAUCAUAUAGUAUUCAUGCGUAUAUAUGUAUAUAUAUAUAUAUAUAUAUGUGUGUGUGUGUGUGUGUGUACGUAUAAAAGGCGGAGACUGGUUGGAUAGAUCAUCGCCUUGAUGUAAAUCCCCCCC